UUAAAAACCGGACAGCGAUCGAUACUGACGCCACAUAAAAACCAAGCGAGGGUCCAACAACAACUCGUGGACAUUCAGCAGCGGGAGCGCGCUCCCGGCUCAACGUUGACAUUUCCGACAGCCGUGAACGCAGCAGUGUUUGAUGUGUUUGAUGAGAAGGUGCAGCAGCUUCAGACGGACUUCACUCCGUCCUCGGGCGCAGGGAGCGCAACAAUCCGCGCGUGGCCGCAAACCCAACGGCACGGGAGACGUUUUUGCCCCGAGGAACUCUUCUGCUUCUUCUCCUUGUUCUGCUUCUUCUCCUUGUUCUGCUGCUCAUUUCUGCUCUGGCUGUUUUCACUCAGAAGAACCAGAAAGUUCACUUUUCAGAAGUUGCUCAAGUCGCGCGCGGAUUAAACCCAUCGAGGGAAACGCAUCAAGUGGAUUUUACUCACCUGGAUCCUCGAGGCACAGAAAGAGGAGACUUCUGGAUAUUUAUGCUGCUCACAUUUAGCACCUGUUCAGUCCGUCCUACCGCCCUUUUCUGUGUUUCUUUUUCUUUUUUUAAUUAUUAUUAUUAUAAUUUUUGUUGUUUUCAAACCGCAGCUCUGAUGAUGCGGCUCUUUCCGGCACGCGGGACAUGUUCGGUGGACGUGCAGCGGCCAGAAACGUCACAGGGUCGUUGAAUUUAUCGGAACGCGACUCCCGGAUAUGAACUUUCUCCUGAUGGUCGCGAGGGCGCUGGUGAAUGAUUGACCGCGCGCUCAGAUCCAUUUUUACCCAUCAACAGACUGAUUUGCGUCCUCUCUCUCAGAGCGGAACUUUCUUCUGUUGACUCUUCUGAACUUUCGGGGUAAGAUGAGCCCUUCUUCAUUUCAGCUGGCGUGAAGACUCCGCGGUACCCGGAUAACAGACUUUCUUCAUCCAUGGCAUCAGCAGCGAGGCUCGUGCCGCACAGCCUGAUGCUGUACCUGCUUCCCGUCCUCUGGUCUCUCGGUUUCACGUCCGGAGCCUCCAAGGUCUUGGUUUGUGAGCCCAUCACGGUGCCCAUGUGUAAGGGCAUCGGCUACAACUUGACAUACAUGCCCAACCAGUUCAAUCACGACACCCAGGAGGAGGUGGGGCUGGAGGUGCACCAGUUCUGGCCCCUGGUCCGCAUCCGCUGCUCCCCGGACCUGCUGUUCUUCCUCUGCAGCAUGUACACCCCGAUCUGUUUGCCGGACUACCGGAAGCCGCUGCCCCCCUGCCGCUCCGUGUGCGAGCGGGCCAAACGAGGCUGCUCCCCCCUCAUGAGCCAAUAUGGCUUCGAGUGGCCCGAGAGGAUGAGCUGCGAGCAGCUGCCCCAGCUCGGCGACGAGACCCUGUGCAUGGACCAGAACAGCAGCGAGACCACCACUCUGGCCCCUUCGGUCCCGAAGUCCACCCCCAAGGUCAGAACCAGACCCCCCAGCCCGUCGCAGUGUGACAGGGAGUGCCGUUGCAGGGACCCCCUGGUCCCCAUCAAGCGGGAGUCCCACGCUCUCUACGGCAGAGUCCAGACGGGCCCUUUGCCCAACUGCGCCCAGCCCUGCCACCUGCCCUACUUCUCGGCGGACGAGCGCGCCUUCACCAGCUUCUGGGUGGGCCUCUGGUCCGUGCUGUGCUUCGUGUCCACGCUGACCACCGUGGCCACGUUCCUCAUUGACAUGGAGCGGUUCAAGUACCCAGAGAGGCCCAUCAUCUUCCUGGCUGCCUGCUACCUCUUCGUCUCCCUGGGCUACAUCAUACGUCUGGUUGCGGGUCAUGAGCGAGUGGCUUGCGGCUACGGCGGCCUCGGCGGCAGCCAGCUGCACAUCCUGUACGACGCUUCCGGCCCCGCUCUUUGCACCCUGGUCUUCCUGCUGGUCUACUUCUUCGGGAUGGCCAGCUCCAUCUGGUGGGUGGUGUUGUCCUUCACGUGGUUCCUGGCGGCGGGGAUGAAGUGGGGCAGCGAGGCCAUCGCUGGGUACUCGCAGUACUUCCACCUGGCCGCCUGGCUCAUCCCGAGCGUCAAGUCCAUCGUGGUCCUCGCGCUCAGUGCCGUGGACGGGGAUCCCGUGGCUGGAAUCUGCUACGUGGGGAACCAGAGCCUGGAGAACCUGCGGGGGUUCGUGCUGGCCCCUCUGGUGGUCUACCUCUUCACGGGCUCGCUGUUCUUGCUGGCCGGGUUUGUCUCGUUGUUCCGCAUCAGGAGCAUCAUCAAGCAAGGCGGCACCAAGACGGACAAACUGGAGCGGCUGAUGAUCCGGAUCGGGCUUUUCACAGUGCUGUACACGGUCCCCGCCACCAUCGUGGUGGCGUGCCUGGUUUACGAGCAGCACUACCGGCCCGGCUGGGAGCGGACCCUGGCCUGCUCCUGCCUGUCGGAGCGCCAGCGCUCGGCCUCGGGCCCGGACUACGCCAUCUUCAUGCUCAAGUACUUCAUGUGCUUGGUGGUGGGCAUCACGUCCGGAGUUUGGAUCUGGUCGGGGAAAACCCUGGAGUCCUGGAGGAGGUUCGUGGCCAGAUGCUGCCCCUGCUGGCCGCAGAAGGUCACUGCGCCGCCUUCCAUGUACAGCGAAGCGAGCACGGCCUUGACGGGGCCCAAGACUGGGCUGUCAUCCGGGAUCUACCAGAAAGGCCCUCCGUCCCACAUAUGAACCGUGUGAACAUUUUAGAGAACCUAACUGCGGACGAGAGACCAGAACUAUAAGUUUGUGUCAUUUUACCCUAAAAAUAAACUAUAAAAUACUAAAUGCUGAA